UCUAGACAAAAUACAUAUGCAUGUGUAUAAUCGGGCGGGUUCGGCUUGGAUAGUGAGAUAACCAUGCCCACCCAUUACCCGCAAUAUUCGGGUUCGGGUUUUACCCGUACCCACGAAAAAUGCUUCGGGUUCGGGUUUUACCCUACCCGAUUAGGUCGGAUUCGGGUGGAUAUCCCCGGUUACGGAUAUUUUUGCCAUCCCUAAAUAGAAUGUUGCUAAUGGAGUUUGCUAAUUCAAAGCAUAUCAAGUCAGUCAAAACAUUAAGCUCAUUAUGAAGAACUUUGCAAUUCAACACUAGUGGGGGUGAUUUUGAUGAUUUCAUCAUGCACAAACUCAUUUCACACGCAUCACAGUCAUUUACAUCAUGUUGGCACAAGAGUACAAGGUUUUUUUUUUAAUUUUUUCUGAUUUUUAGUGUUUUUUUAGCCAUUAGGUUAGCACAAGCUGACUGCACCUGCACAGGCAGACUGCAUGCAAGUUUGGCUGUGCACAACCUAAUGACAUUUUUUUUGUUUUGUUUUUUGUUUUGUUUACCACAUGCAACAGGGACAAACAACACUAAGACUCACCACCCCACACUCAGGAUGGAACACUGUCCCUAAUGUUCAACUUCUAAUCUAAACAUGCAUGGGUUUGACACAACUAAAAAGAAAAAUAAAGAAAAGAAAACUCACCUUGGGUUGCCUCCCAAGAAGCGCUUGUUUAACGUCCUCAACCCGACGUUCAUAGAGCUUUCAACCAAUGGGUAUGGAAAGGUAUCCAGAAUACCUUCCCGAGCAAUGAUAGAACGCAUAACCUCCAUCCAACAUAUGAGUCACCUCUGCAGGGCCAGGUGUGCGAAAAUUUGGUAUGAUCUUCUUAGUUGGCAUGUUGGAUCCUUUAGUGAGGCGUAGGUGGUAUUGCAGCGCCUCAAGCAAGUACUCUUCAUGUUCCAAUGUCAGCGAAGAAGGAAUAAUAACAGGAAGAUUGAAAUCCUUACCCUAAUAUCUAUACUUGAGGUGCCCUGGCAAUGAUUUCUGCCCUUGCUUUGAUUUCAGAAUCAGAGCAGAUAGGAUAUGUGAUAGUUCUUCGGGUGGUCCACUAUCACAGGAAGAGGAAUUUUUCCUUUCUCGAGCUCCACUUUCAAAGUCAUCAAAUGCAUCGUGUUAUGAUCAACUUGAAAGACAUUAAAAGUUUCCUCCUACUUACCUACUCUGAAUGGCAGUUUGCCUCUCCCAACAUCGAUGAGUGCAUCUCCAGUUGCUAGAAAAGGUAUCCCAAGAAUGAGAGGCACUCUCCGAUCUUUUUCCAUCUCCAAAAUGACAAAAUCUGUUGGGAGAAUAAAGUUUCCAACCUUCACCAAUACAUUCUCCACCACUCCUUUUGGAAUUUUCACUCAUCGAUCAGCCAAUUGGAGAGUGAUCCGAGUAGGCUUAAGAUCAUCUUAUACCUGAAAUUUCACUAUCACAUAUCCUAUCUGCUCAGAUUCUGAAAUCAAAGCAAGGGCAGAAAUCCUUGGAUCCUUUCGAUCCCGGGUUUCUGCAUUCAAAGUACGAACCAAGAGGGACGAAAAGUGGAAGAGCUCAUUAACCAGGAUGAGAGAUCAUGGUGUGUUUCAGGGAUGGAGGGAGUGGUUUCAAAUGAGAUAAAAAUGCAAUGGGAAAGAUUCCUAUAGGAUCCCGGGAUAUGGAUGAUUUCUGGGCUUGGAGAUUCACGAAUAAUGGGGCAUUCUCUAUAAGCUCGGCGUUCCAUGCUUUUCAUAAUCAUAUCCGGUUUGGAAGCUCAGGAUUGUGAGAUCCCUGAAGUAUCUGCCAUCAACUGCUGUAACUUCAGGUAUAUGGUGAUUACGAAGAUUAUGGCUACAAGAUUCCAGGUUUGGCUGCCUAGUCUGAUUUAUGAGAUGCAAUCAGCUUUCACAGGGGGAAGGCAAAUACAUGAUAAUAUUGUGAUCGUUCAUGAGGUGCUGAAUCAUUUUAAAAAGCUCAAAAUUGGGAAGAAAAGGGAUAUGAUGAUUAAGCUGGAUAUGAAGAAAGCAUAUGACCUGGUGGAGUGGAAAUGCCUCCUAAGCCUAUUAAAGGCUUACGGGUUUGGUGAGAAAUGGUGCUCAUGGAUCAAAGAAUGCAUCUCAACUGUAAGAUUCAAGAUUCUUGUUAACGGAUCACCAACUGAAGGGUUUACUCCAUCUAGGGGCAUCAGACAAGGAGACCCACUGUCACCUCUGCUGUUCAUUCUUAUGACAAAUGCGCUCUCCUUUCUGGUGGAGAAAUCUAUUGAGCUAAAACACUUAAAAGGAUUGAAGUUGAAUCAGAAUUGUCCGAGACUCACGAAUUGCCUCUUUGCGGAUGACACUGUUUUCUUUGUAGAGGCAUCGCUGAGGGAAGCUGCCAACCUGAUGAAAGUGAUCAGGGAUUAUGGAGCUUUUACAGGACAGGAGAUUAACACGAACAAAUCCCCAGUCUUCUUCAGCUUCAAUGUGAAUGAUGAGGAGCGUUAGUCCAUUAGAGGUUUGCUGGGGUUUGAAGAGGAUUUCACUCAUGAUAAGUACCUUGGGAUCCUGAUGGCUUGGGGACGUUCAAGAAAGGAAAUGUUCCAAUUUCUGAUCGAGAAAAUGGAAAAGAAGGGGGAAGGAUGGCAGAGUCUCUUACUUUCACCCAGGGGAAAAGAGGUCUUACUCAAAGUGAUGUUUCAGGCGAUCCCCUCUUAUCUGAUGACAGUUUUCCUUUUCCCAAAGACUUCUACAAACAUGAUGGAUGGAAUGAUUAGAAGAUUUUUUUGGUCGGGGUCGACGAGUUAAAAAACCAUCCAUUGGAGGGCGAGCAAUGUGCUUUACGCCCCUAAGGAGGAAGGGGACUUGGGUUUCAGUCCUUUCGCGGUUGUUAAUCUUGCUCUCCUCACGAAACAAGCUUGGAGGAUGAUUGAGUCCCUAGAUGCUCUUUGGGUUAAACUACUGAAAGAUCUGUAUUUCCCAAGGGGGAAUUUUUUGAAGGCAAAGAAGGGAAGCAAAGCAUCAUGGAUUUGGGGAAGCCUUUAGGAAGCAGGCCAAUGGUUAAGGUGAUUGGAGACGGAAAAGAUACUGACAUUUUAACCGAUUCUUGGAUCCCUUCAAUCCCGGGCUUCUGCAUUCAAAGUACGAACCAAGAGGGACGAAAAGUGGAAGAGCUCAUUAUCCAGGAUGAGAGAUCAUGGUGUGUUUUAGGGAUGGAGGGAGUGGUUUAAAAUGAGAUAAAAAAAAUGCAAUGGGAAAGAUUCCUAUAGGAUCCCGAGAUAUGAAUGAUUUCUGGGCUUGAAGAUUCACGAAUAAUGGGGCAUUCUUUGUAAGCCCGACAUUCCAUGCUUUUCAUAAUCAUAUCCGGUUUGGAAGCCCAGGAUCUUCAGGGAUCUCACAAGCUGAGAAAGAUAAGUGAAUAUGUCUCUGGAGUUUAUCUCUCCCACCAAAGAUCACCUUCUUUAUUUGGAAGGCUUUGAGAGAUGUCCUUGCGACCAAGAAUAACCUGUUCGCCAGACAUUGUGCAUGAUCAAAGGCCUGUCCGCUGUGUGAUCAUGAGGAGGAGUCCAUCUUUCAUGUCAUGUUUGAAUGCCCUCAUGCAAAGGAAACAUGGAGACGGUUUGCCCCUUUUCUUCCCCUCCCUCCACCAUCUGUCAAAGUUAACUACUGGUUGUGGGAUGUUGGAGAAGCGUCUCCACGGAAAGGAUCUCAAACGGCUAUCUUUCUCCUCUGGCAUAUCUGGAAAGCACGCAAUGAGAUGAUAUUCAGAAGCCACUCUCCUUGGCCCCCACAUACCAUCUCUCAUGCUAUGAACGAUUAUCUUUUUUGGAAGAACUUCCCAAGGAAAUGAAAUGAUAGCCCUGCUUUGUCUAGUCGACCUACUCCACUUCCUCCUCACCCCCACCACCGCCAAGAAUUCCUUACGGGAAAAUUCACUGUGAUGGAUCGUUCUUCAACGAUUCCCGGGAGGCGGCAUAUGGGAUUGUUGUCACUAAUUCCCAUGGUGAGGUGUGCGAAGGAAAGGCCGACUCCCUCCUCUGCGAUUCUACUUUGGAAGCGGAAGCAAUAGCAAUUCAUGAAGGAUGUUUGUUUGCGCUGACUAACCCCUCCCCAUUCGUGAUCAAAUAUGAUUGCAAGGUGAUGGUGGAUGCGAUUGCUGGACCAAAGCAUAGAUGGCCAUGGAUGGUGGCAACGCGGAUUGACAGAAUUCGGUCCGCACUCUGUAGCCUUCAUGAUGUUGGGGUUGAGUUCGUUAGGAGUGAGCAGAAUGCAUUGGCAGACUAGGUUGCUUGAUCACGGGCAAAGAACCAGCUUCCACUGGAUUGGGUUUCUGUCUUCAAUCUACAAAACACUAUAAGGCAAUGACAAUAUACAAGGUUUGCCACG